AUGUCCGUAAAGGCUGCUAUCAGAUUGCUUGAAUCCCGUCCUAUUUCAUCGUUAUUGCAGAUAAAUCAGAAAUUAAGGGAUGUGCGAAUACAGGGAUGGGCACGUCGAGUAGAAACACGCGGGAAAUUCUUAUUUGUGCAUAUUAGUGAUGGAUGUUCAUUAAAAACGGUACAAGCUGUGAUACAACGUGACAUUUGUCCUAAAGUACCUAUAGGUAGUGCUGUGGAUAUUGUUGGUGAUUGGGUAAAAAGUCAAGGUAAACAACAAAGCAUGGAAUUGUUCGCUACAAAUUGUGAAGUUGUCGGAUUGCAGCAAAGAAUGUUUAGCGAAUUACCCAUCGACAAAAGUUGUGCGGAUAUCAUACGUAAGAAAUAUCAUUUACGAAUGAAAUCCAUACCGUUCAUGUGUAUGCUACGGUUACGAUCUCGGCUGGACCAGUUAAGUCGAUCUUUUUUCCAGAAGGAAUCGUUCAUCCAUGUAGAUACACCGCUCUUGACGCAAAAUGAUUGCGAGGGUGCUGGUGAUGUAUUUACUGUUCAGGCGGAUAAACGAAAUUAUUUUGGUGAUAAGACAAUUUAUUUGCAAGUUUCAAGUCAGCUGCAUUUAGAAUCCUUUAUUGGUAGCCUACCGAAAGUAUACACAAUAGCACCUGCAUUACGUGCUGAUCAUUCGCAGACUCGACAACAUUUGGCAGAAUUUCGAAUGUUGGAGGCAGAAUAUGCGUUUGCAGAUGAUUUAGAACAGUUAUGCGAUUUGGUAGAGCGUUAUAUCAAUUAUGUGGUGGAUGGAAUGCUUACUUGUGAUACGGGAGAAGUCAAUUCUAUGAUGGAAGUCUUUUGUGAUGAGAGUGCAAAACUGCAAUCACUUUUGUGGAUUAAUGGUCCUCGAAAAUCAUUUCCACGUAUCCAUUAUGAUGAAGCGGUCAGAGUACUACAAAGUAAGGGUGAAAUUAUAUCUGGAGGUCGAUUUAGCAAGGAGAAUGAAUUAGCCAUGGUGCAGCACUGUGCCAGCCCGGUAUUUAUCCUUCGUUAUCCGCAUAUACAGAAGCCGUUCUACAUGAAACGUUGUGGCAAUUAUGCGGAAUGUUUCGACUUGUUGGCGUCAUUUGUUGGUGAGCUAGCUGGCGGUUCUUUAAGAGAAUCAGAUUCAGAAGAGCUCCGUCGUCGUGGAUGCGACGAUUCAUUGGAUUGGUAUUUGGAAAUGAGGCAGCACGGGCAUCCACCCAGUGCAGGAUUUGGCAUUGGUUUAGAACGUUUCAUGCAAGCUUUGUUUGGUAUUCUAAACAUAAAAGAUACAGUGGCGUUCCCGAGAUGAUAUGUUUUGAUGGAUGUACUAUUUGAUGAAAAAGGUGGUGUUGUAACGGAAUCAGCAAUUUAUGCGGCACUCUGUAAACAGAUCGGAAUUCUUUUUGGUGAUUAUGGAAUGGCAGCAGCAAAACUUUCACUAAAUGUUAAGGUUUUCGAUGCUGGUACGGCAACAACUAUUGUCAGGAUAUCAAAAGAAUUUGCACAGCAACUUCUCAGUACAAUACCAUUCGUAUACACAAUUGGUGGUAUAACAGCUGUACUACAAGUGCUCUUUGUUGGUUCAUCCAUACGUUCCUGUCAGAAAGCAUUGAAACUAGUUUUAAAUAUACAAGAUAUGCUUUUUGUUUUCGGCGAUGCAACAAUUAAAGAGGAGAAGGAAGAUAUUGAUAAAAUUUUCAAAUGUUUAGGAGAAAAGAAGGAUAUAUUGGAAGCUAUACGAAGUGUAACAGGAAAUGUGAAAUUUGAAAAUACUUUAAGUGUUUAA